UACUGAGGGAAGCAAGGAGGGAAGAUAUAUUGUACCGGCAACAUAAAUUUGAGAUAAUUUUAAUAACAGUUCCUAUAUUAGAUUAUGAAAUGGCAGAACAAGUCUCAAUCAAUAUUGAGACUUAUCGACAGAAAGUACGAAUGUAUCUGGAUGCAAACAACUAUGAGUCUGCGUUGUUCUGGGCGGACAAAGUAGCCAACAUGAGUGGAGGGGAUCCACGAGAUUGGUAUUGGGUCGCCCAAUGUAUGUAUAGGUCACGACAGUAUCACAGAGCGGCCAUACUAAUCAGGAACAAAGGUCUUGAUAAGACCCAACCUCUUUGUCAGUGGUUAGCAGGUCUGUGUUUGCUAGAAGCAAAGCAGUACAACGAUGCAUUACUCAUUCUGUCCAAUGAUGAGGAGGUGUUGGGCACCAACAGGUCGACAACAGUCGUCGUGGCUACAAACUUCGUCAUUCCACCAAUCGGGAGUGACAAAAUACUGGAGGGCUUUACACCCAAAACUUUGCAGAGUGCAUUAUUACUCCUGAAGGGAAGAGUUUAUGAAAAACUGGAUAAUCGGACCCGAGCAGCUGAAUGUUUCAAAAAUGCCCUGAAACACGAUGUUUACUGCUAUGAGGCAUUCGAUUCACUUGUGAAACAUCAGAUGUUGACCUCCUCUGAGGAAAAAGAGCUUCUCAUGUCACUUCCGUUUAAGGAACAGUGUGGUGAAAAUGACUUGCUCCCUGCAGUUUAUGAGAUUCUGCUGAACAAAUACCAGAACCUACCACAAACACCUGUACCAGCCCUUCCCCACCCUAGGCUUGUGGAUAACUUGGAUCUGGAAGCGGCACGGGCUGAGAGACUCUACUAUGCCUGCUCAUAUAGGCAGUGCUUUUCUCUAACACAAGAAAUUCUCAAGAAGGAUCCAUACCACACAACCUGCCUUCCAAUACACAUAAGCUGCCUUGUGGAGUUGAAGGAUGUAACUAAACUAUUUUCCUUAGCACAUGACCUUGUGGACUUGAUGAGUGACAAAGCCGUUUCUUGGUUUGCAGUUGGCUGCUAUUACUUUCUCAUAGGAAAACGGGAUCCGGCAAGACGUUACCUGGGAAAGGCAACGUUACUGGACCCACUGUUUGCACCUGCUUGGCUUGCAUACGGACACUCCUUCGCAGUUGAAAAUGAACAUGAUCAAGCCAUGGCAGCGUAUUUCUCUGCCACAAAACUAAUGAAGGGAUGUCACCUGCCUCUCCUGUACAUCGGUCUCGAGUGCGGACUGACAAACAACAUCCGAUUGGCCGAAAGGUUCUUCAAAGAGGCUCAAACCAUAGCUCCCCAUGAUCCCUUCGUCAUCCACGAGAUGGGCAUCAUAGCCUUCCAGAACCAUGAUUACAACAUGGCAGAGAAAUUCUUUCUGACAGCACUGGCUCAUGUGCACGAGAUCAACGAGGUAAUUAUCGCAGAAAAGUGGGAGCCACUGUUGAACAACCUGGGACACACCUGCCGUAAACUCAACAAGUAUGAUGAUGCCCUCAGGUACCACCAACAGGCCCUGGUGAUCUCUCCUCAGAAUGCCUCCACCGUCUCUUGUAUAGGCUUCAUAUUGGCUCUGCAGAACAAUCUCGCUGAGGCAGUGGACAUGUUCCACAAAGCUCUGGGGUUGCGGCGGGAUGACAGCUUCAGCAUAACGAUGCUCUCUUAUGUAAUUGAGCAGCUGAUGGAGUCCACGCCUCCAUUCCAAGGAGCACCGGAUACUGUACCCGGAUUUGACACUGUCCCAAGCCCUCCAAGCCCAAACCUGGAAGAGGCUUUGCAAACACCAAUAGUGUUGGAUGAUGGCAGGCAACUGUUUGAGACCUUUACACCAUCAUCCAGCCCACCUAGCUUUGAAAUUGAGAUGCAAGACUGUUUCCAGGACGAAAACACCUCAUAGGCUUGGACUAAAGGAAGUCAGAGUAAAUAGUAUUUUAAGCAAUGAACUAAGAAAAAUUAAUUUUAAACUGUUUUGUAUUUGUUUUGAUUUUUUAUAAUAUUUAAUUAGUUUUCAUUGCAUUAUAUUAUUUUGUGAUAUAUACAUUUGUUAUUGAUAUAGUGAGGCUAAGUUUUACAUGCAAUGAUUUUAUUACAUUAUUUACAAUGUAAGUACAUUUUUCAUAACAAACUACCAAAGUUGUUUACUUUUAUAAUAUUUUAACAUGUAACAAUAAUAUAAUAAUAUUUAAAAACAUUCAGUAUACACACCAUCCUCCACCCCAUCUGCAAACAAUUAAUCAUAAACUGUUUUGAAUUCGUUCUGAUUUUUUAAAAUGUUUAAUUAGUUUUCAUUGCAUUAUACUAUUUGGUGAUAUGUACAUUUGUUAUUGAUAUAGUAGGGCUAAGUUUUACAUGCAAUGAUUUUCUUAUAUUAUUUACAAUGUAAGUACAUUUUUCAUAACAAACUACCAAAGUUGUUUACUUUUAAAAUAUUUUAACAUAUAACAAUAAUAUCAUAAUAUUUAAAAAUAUUCAGUAUACACACCAUCCUCCACCCCAUCUGCAAACAAUUAAUCAUAAACUGUUUUGAAUUUAUUUUGAUUUUUAAUAAUAUUGAAUGAGUUUUCAUUUCAUACUAUAUUUUGUGAUAUAUACAUUUGUUAUUUAUGUAUAGUAAGGCUAAGUUUUACAUGCAAUGAUUUUCUUACAUAGUUUAAAAUGUAAGUACCUUAUUCAUAAUAAACUACCAAAGUGGUUUACUUUUUUAAUAGUUACAUGUGUGUGCUGUUAAUAUAAUAAAAUUUAAAAAUGAGUUAUUAA